AUGCCUUUCAGCAACACCCACAACCAGAUGAAGAUGAACCAUUCUGCUGAAGAGGAGUACCCCGACCUCAGAAAGCAUGGGCCUAACCAUUACAUGGCAAAGGUGCUGACUCCGGCCAUGUAUGAACGCCUCCGGAGUAAACAAACUCCCAGUGGAUUUACACUGGAUGAUGUCAUUCAAACUGGGGUUGAUAACCCAGGCCGCCGAUUCAUCCCAUCAGUGGGCUGUGUGGCAGGUGAUGAGGAGACCUAUGAAGUUUUUAAGGAGCUGCUGGACCCUGUCAUUGAGCACCAACAUGGAGGAUACAAGCCCACAGACAAACAUAAGACUGACCUGAACCCUGAACAUCUGAAAGGUGGGGAUGAGCUGGACCCCAGCUAUGUCCUAAGCUGCCGAGUCCGAACCGGCAGGAGCAUCCGUGGGUUCUGCCUGCCCCCCCACUGCAGCCGUGGAGAGCGGCGUGCCAUUGAGAAACUCUCCAUUGAAGUAUUAAGUACCUUGGAUGGGGAUCUCAAAGGCAAAUACUACGCCCUGAAGAACAUGACAGCAGAGGACCAGCAGCAGCUGAUUCAUGACCACUUCCUGUUUAACAAGCCUGUCUCUCCCUUCAUGCUGGCCACUGGAAUGGCGCGUGACUGGCCCGAUGCCAGGGGAAUCUGGCACAAUGACAAUAAGACUUUCCUAGUCUGGAUCAACGAGGAGGAUCACCUCCGAGUCAUUUCCAUGCAGAAUGGAGGGAACAUGAGGGAGGUCUUCACCCGCUUCUGCACUGGCCUCACCAAGAUUGAAUCCCUGUUCAAGCAGAAGGGCCAUGAGUUCAUGUGGAACGAGCACUUGGGCUAUGUCCUGACCUGCCCCUCGAAUCUGGGCACUGGCCUCCGUGGCGGAGUACACGUGAAGCUGCCCAACGUCAGCAAACACGGCAAAUUUGGCGAAAUUCUGAAAAGACUGAGACUCCAGAAGCGUGGAACAGACGGUGAAGACACUGCAGUUGUAGACGAUGUCUUUGAUAUUUCCAACGCUCACCGCCUGGGCUUCUCUGAGGUGGAGCUGGUGCAGAUGGUGGUGGAUGGAGUCAAGCUGCUGGUAGAGAUGGAGAAGCGUCUGGAGAAGGGCCAGUCCAUCGAUGACCUCAUGCCUGCGCAGCAGUGA